AUGUCUUCUCGAGCGAGCUCUGUUGACGAUAUCCUUCGUUCAGAAAGCGACGACCAUCUGUUCUCCAGGUCUCACUCUCACAGCGUUGGUCUCGCGUCUCCUCCACCAGCCUCUGAUUUCGACGGUGACGAUACCGAUACCGCCGAUAUCGGUGACGACGCCUCUUCCUCUGCCAACGAAUCGUCGCACACUCAAGAGUCUCAACCGAGUGUCUCAGACGUCACUCGUGGAAUUUUUGCGCCCUCGCUCACUCAGUCGGAGCUCACCGAGGACACAGCAGUCACCGGUCCAUCUCUCGGCAGUCAAGGUCCACCGAAGACUCCUCCGCAGCCCGUCGUCCCGCUUGGGUCUCAGCCACCCACAACUCCCCGUGUGCAUAAGGCAUCCAGCGCGCAAGUCCACUCUAUUACUCCAACGACCGGAGUAGUCAACCUGCAGAAGUAUCGCAUGGAACUCUGUGGAGAAGUUGACCCUUUUCUGGGCAUUAUCGACGAUGAGAAGUGGUUGUCGACCUAUUCGAGCAGGGUGGAUCCAUCAUCGGCGGCGCGCGCGAAGUUUCCGGAGUUCAGCAAGAGCAAGUUCAAUGUGACGGAAGAGAAUAAGAUGUACACAGAAUUUGCCCGCGUUGCACAGGAGAUACUCGACGCCGGUAGUGCUGUAGGUGGCAGAAAGAAACAUAUGCGUACGCUAGUCGUCAAAGAUACCGGAAAUCACCCGGACAUCGAAGAGGGGAAGAAGCCUGAUCUGACGUUCUACGCCAACACACCGGAAGCAAGCAAGGCUUAUGAACUGAACAAAGAUGAGCUGAAAGACGCGAAAGUGACUCCGGAGGAACGCCGUGAGUACUUAGGCAGAGCGGCUUGGCCUCACGCUUGCAUGUUCGUGGAGUUCAAGGCGGCUGACAACAAGAAUCCAUUCGAGAAGCGGAAGGACGAAUAUAUGCCUCGGGGUACCGACGAUGCGAGGAAGGCGAGAGGACAGAUGUACCAGUAUGCGACGGCGAUCAUGAACGCUCAACCUCGCACGCAUGUCUUCUUCAUCAGCAUUUGA